CAGAAAAUGCCCCUAAUGCAAGGCGAAAUCGCCUGUUGCUUCGCCAUACAUCAGGCCGGGCUGUUGUCCCAUGGUCUGUCUGCAGGGUCGCCCUUCCGGCCUUUCUUGCCACGACGCGCCUGACCCAAGGACCUCAGUCAGUCGCAAACCCCUCGACUCGUUUUCUCAAGUCCUUGACUCAAAAGUCCUUGACCUGCCGGCACUUGGCUGGGACGUUCAUCAUGAGUGAGUAUACUACUGCUCUUCCUCUUACACAUCAACAGCAGACGCAUUCUCCGUCCCGGCCGCUAGGUCCAGUCCUCGGAAUCCGCCGCUUCGGCCGCAACGACUUUGAGCGCUUCGAUCAGGAGGCAGCCCGCGGGUCGCAUAUUUGCCUCGGCUCAACCACCAUCGGCAAGGUCAACAUCGACUGCAAGUACCAUUGGAAGAAGGCACAAUGGGGGGUCCUGGGCGUCGAGAAGCGGCCGGCCGGCAUCGUCUACAUGGACAUUACGUUUAGACAGCCGCACGGGUGGUGGCUCGAACACGCGAGCGUCUUCGUCACCGUGGGCGAGGACAAGUCGUCGUACGCGCUCGCCGCCCCGCCGCGCAAGGAGCGCGCCGCCGACAAGGUGGACCUCACGUCCGACUACGCGGUACAGAUCACAGACUACUACGGCCCGAGGUUCCUCGCGGGGACCAAGACGGUGCGCAACGAGACGCGGCACAUGAAGAUCACGCCGACGCUGGGGGUCCCGAGCGUGCAGGUAGGGGGCAUGGGCUACGAGUCGACCAGCUCGCACGACAAGGUCGGCCGCUGGGUCUUCAAGGGCAACGUCGGCAAGCCAAAGGGCUGCGACGGGCUACGGACGCUGCACUGGGAGCUGACGGAGAACUGCCUCGACCCGGAGCAGGCGCACAGCCCAGAGUUCCGCACGGGCUUCGCGUUCGAGCACAGUCGACGGCCCCUGUACUUGCGCGUCGAGAUGGAAGGCAGGCUGCAGAGCAAGGGCCAGCAGCUCAGACACGGCUUCAAGCGUUUCUCGUCACGCGGCCUCGGCAGGAAAGACGACUCGACGCUCAUGUGCAUCGCCUUUGAGAGGGAUCACGUCUUCGAGAAGAGCCUGGACGCGGUCGCGCAGGGGUUGGACAUGACGAUGCAGAUGGAGAACCUGCAAAACGCACCCGUCGAGGCCCCCGACCCGACGCCGGCGAGGUUCACCGUCGAUACGCACACGCCGAGAUGGAGGCGGCCUGGCCCUGGCAUGAUGAUUGGGCCCGGCCGGCUGGAUGCCAUCGAGGAGCGGCCCGAGACCCGGCAGAUGAGCUUCCACGCCGUGAGGCAACAGGACGAGCUGCUACGACUUCUCAGACAGACGACGGAGAACCUCCACCGGCCGCCGACAAACAUAAGCCAGACCCCGCGCGCGACAAUCAAGAUGGAAGAGACGGAAGAGACUCUGGUGGUACUCGAGAGUAGUAGCCACGAAGAAGCCGAGAGCGAUGAAGCCACGGAGUCGGUAGACACGGAGGGCUCUACACCAGCCGCCGCCGUCGCCGCCGCCGCCAGCCCCUCGGCGCAUCCCCAAAGCGCAGACGAAGCAUUGCUGGAGGCGCUCAAGAUACCGGCGAUAGUGUACAUCUUGCGGAUCUUUGUCAUGAUCAUGGGCGCGUUCAGCAGGGUGCAGCAAGGCGGCGGCGGCGACGGCGGUGGUGGCGGCGGCAGCAGACCACAGGCACCACACAACAUGAGCAACGGCAAGCCACAGCCGGGUAUUAGACACUACGUCGUGGCGGGAGGCAAGUUGAUGAACGCCGACGGCGGCGGCGGCGGCGGCGGCGCGUUUCGACUCGACGGCGCGAGGGCGGCAGAGGGGCUUUCGAUGAGGCUGGCGGCGAGCUCUCGGGCGACGGCGGCGGCAGAUGGGCAGACGAGCGGGUUUUUGCAGCGAGGACAGCAGACGCGGAUACGAAGCUGGUAG